AUGUCCGACCCGAACUUAAAACCAUCACCUCUGCUCCGUUAUUUUUUCCCGGCGGAAAUCCUGAAAUCGCUUCAACUAACCCCAAAUGGAUACACCAUUCCUGACAUCAGACGCAAGCUCUAUAUGAAUUCAAUUGGGACCAUCGAUAACCUUGCAAAAUUCAAAUCGUUCCCGGGAAGCGACAAUAAGUUUGAGAUAGGAAUGACGGUUCCUUAUAAUAUGGAUACCUACGUCUACUCUAGUAUGACUGACGCGGACAAAACGUUUGCCUACAAACACGACUUUCUGAUUUUUCUGGGACAGAUUGUAUCGGAAAAAGUUAAACAUAGUCCGCUUUUCAUGUCAUUGAUUACGUUUUAUCUCAAAAAUAAAGAAAGAGAACUUGGAAACGGAAAUUUCGAAUUAGCACUGGUCGAUGGAGAUGUGCUCAGACAAGUUCAGGGAAGACUUGAUGAGGCGUUUGGGAAACUCCCUGAAAUUAGUCGUGAACAGUUCUGUGGGAGAAUGGCGGACAUGUUGAAAUCUCGACACGACCAAGAUAUUAAGCCACUUAUGGAUGUCUUCAAAGAGUACGAAAACCAAAUAGCUUCACUAGUGAGCCAAAACAUUUAUGGCGAAUAUUGUGUUUGGACUGGGACGAUUGUCGAGAUUUUAAAUGAAUUUAUCGGAUCUCAUCCAGAGAUUUUCAAGCCGAGCUCGAUAUCAAAACCAAUAGAUGAACCCGAUAUAAUUCGAUGCUUUGUAAAUGAUGAAACAAUGUUAAUUAUGGAUUAUGAGUUUGAGCUCGCUAAAACACAAAACCGAAAACUGGCGUAUUAUGAAUUGAAGGAUUUGAAGGAAAUGAGGGAGAAGAUCAUAAAAACUGGAGUUUAUGAAACUGUGAUGUCGCACAAAUUCGGAACGUACUUCUUAAAAAAUGCAGAGUUUGUCAGAAUGUCAAUGAUCCAAACAUUCCGACGAGCCGUUCCGAUUCCAACGUUUGACGGAAGACAUUGCAUUCUGGCUUCGGAUCUUCUUAUGGAAAUUUUUCGUGAUAUGUGUUCGGUUCAGAAUGUCUUCCAAAAGAUCAAUCAAAAUAAUUGGUCAAUUGUCGAAGAUUGUUUCAAUGAUCUCGCUGGAACCUUUAACGAAAGACUUGGCCCGUUCUUCAUCGAUACUGAAAAAUCUGAAAGUGUCAGAAAACAGUGUGAGGAUUAUUUUGAGAAACACUUGGGAUCCUCGCGAGUGGAUAUGAUAAAUGAGGUUCCGGAAACAGGAUUCACAUUGAAAGAUGUAGAACAAAACGUAAAGUAUCUUGGACUGGAGAAUGCGUUUCCGAAUAUUAUGAAGUUCGCCGAUUAUGCGUAUACCAUAAUGAAAAAACUAUCAGGGAAUAGAACUCUAGAAACUAGUGACAUGUUGACAGUAUUAGAGUUCUGUCAAGUCAACUGUAUUCUUCCGAAACUUCCAAAGAUUGAAAGAUUCAUUCAUAACCAAGGAGCUUGUCGACGUGUGUUCUACCAGUGUUCCUAUUGUCUUCCAAUUAUGCCAAGAGCUUUAGGCAAUCCUAAAAUGCGUAUAUGGGUCAGAUCUCGAACGCAAGAGAUGUCUAAAAGUUAUUUUGCUCCAAACACAGAAGACGUGGAGCAGGUCAAUAGAAAUCCAGAAGCAGAAAAAGGAUCAUCUGAUAAAAGGGAGAGUUCUGAAUUUCCAAAAGAUGAGAAAUGUGAAAACUUUGAAGAGUUUGAAGAGGAACUGCAAGAACUGAUUAGAUAUUAUGCUUAUGAAAAAGAGAGAACAAGUAGUAAAUGGGGAAAGAAUAAUCGGAUACUGGAGAAAAGUAUGAAAAAAUUUGGACCCCAUGAGCUGUCUGAGGAGAACCGGGAACUUUUUAAUAAACAAUUCGACAGAAUCAUGAACCGAUCCGAUUGGGAUAUCAAAAAUUGUCAGCCCGAUGAUGAAGGUCGACCAUGGCCCUGGUUUACCGACAAAGAACAUAAAAAUCAUUGA